UUCACAAAUUGUAUUAUCUCCUCAUCCAAUCCCCAGUUCCAGUGAGGUGUUUACUUUGUAUGAUGAGCAAAUCUCCAAUAUUGAAGAUUCACAAAUUGUAUUAUCUCCUCAUCCAAUCCCCAGUUCCAGUGAGGCGCUUACUUUGCAUGAUGAGCAAAUCUCCAAUAUUGAAGAUUCACAAAUUGUAUUAUCUCCUCAUCCAAUCCCCGGUUCUAGUGAGGCACUUACUUUGCAUGAGGGAAUAAAUUAUGAGGAUAUUCAAAGUCCAAGUCUUAUUCAGCUAUACAAAAAAAAGGAACCAAAUGACCCUUUUCACUUUAUAUUAUUUAGGAUGACAAAUAUUUUGAUAAAUUUCAUAAUUGCUGUAGGCCCUUGUCAGCCAUGUACAAAUAAAUUUCAAUAUCCUGUUACUAACAAGAGGAGCAUGAAUAUAACCUAUUAUAGAAAGGUUAAUAUAGAUGGUUCCCUCAACCCCAGAAAUUGGCUAUCUUAUAGCACUACUUUAGACAAAGUCUUUUGUCUAUAUUGUAUUAUGUUUGGUGGCCCUAAGUCCAAUACUUUUUGGACUCAACAUGGGGUAAAUAAUUGGAAAAACAUAAAGCGUGACUUAGAGAGACACGAAGCAUCUUCUCUUCAUAAAGAUUGUGAAUAUGCAAACAUGACUUGGCUUGCAAAUAAACGCAUUCAAGAUCAUUUGCUAUCAAAUAAGCUUGACAUAAUCAUGGAAAAUCGUAAUAUAGUUCAUAAUAUUAUCAAUGCCAUUAUGUACCUUAUAAAAUGUAAUAUAGCCUUUUGGGGUUCUAAUUCGAAUGAAGGUAAUUUUAUGUGUCUCAUAAAAUUAAUGGCAAAAACGGUUCCAACUUUACGUGCAUACAUGGAUAACAACGAAAAAUUGCAGAGAAAAAAAUCAGAUAAAAUUUCGAGACCUUAUAUAAAUUUACUGUCAUAUGGCCACGUGAAAAAAAUAACUGAAAUUAUUAAGAUAAAAAUAACAAAAAGCAUUAUUCAAACAAUUAAAGAGAAUCGUGCCUAUAGCAUCAUAUUAGAUGGAACAUAUAAUGUGUCUAAAAAAGAAUGCAUAGCUUUGCUUGUACGGUAUAUAGAAGAUGAUCUGCAUCCACAUCCUGUAGAAAGGAUCAUACAUGUUUUUACAACAUCAGAAACCACUGGGGAAAAUAUAAAGAAACAUGUUUUUUCUAAGUUAAAUGAUCUUGGUCUUCCUGAUUAUUUGGUUGGACAAAGUAUGGAUGGUGCAGGGAAUAUGAGAGGAGUAUACAAAGGAAUGCAGGCUUUAAUAUUGAAAGAGGCUCCAAAAGCCAUCUAUAUUUGGCAAUGGGAAUAUUAG